GAGGCUACUUUCAAGAUUGCUGAAAGGAUGUUGACGAAUAUAUUUUAGAAACUUCCUGCUGGCUGGAGGUUCAUUUGUUGGUUGCAAUGGCUGCUUUCGAAUUAAAUGUUAACUUGAUAACUGCCUUAGCAGAGGCUAAGGACCCACGCCUUAGCUAUUUAUGGACGGCUGUCUCCAUUGCACAACAAGCAGGAGCUAUGAUAAAGGAUGCAUUUGAAAAGAGCAAGGAAAUUAAGACCAAGGCCUGCUCUACAGAUUUGGUGACAGAAACAGACCAGAAAGUAGAAGAUUUUAUCAAGAAGUCAAUCAAUGAACAAUAUCCUGACCAUUGCUUUAUUGGGGAAGAAACAGUCUCUGGAGGAGAAAAAUGUGUUUUAACAGACAGACCAACGUGGAUAGUUGACCCUGUUGAUGGCACUACAAAUUUUGUCCAUAGGUUUCCUUUUGUUGCAGUCUCCAUAGCCAUAGCAAUAAACAAAGAGAUAGAAAUAGCUGUUAUUUAUGGAUGUAUUUUAGAAAAGUUGUAUAUAGCUGUUAAAGGACAAGGAUCAUACUGUGGUCAAGAAAAAAUAUCAGUUUCACAAAGAACAGACCUUAGCGAUGCACUAAUUCUGACGGAAUGGGGGUCAAACAGGGACCCAGACAGACUUAAUACUAUUGGUAGCAACAUCAUCAAAGUGGCUGGGCGACCAUCUGGGCCUGCUCAUGGCGUACGGUCGGUGGGCUCAGCAGCGCUCAACAUGGCCCUCAUAGCCAGUGGCUGUGCCGAUGUUUAUUACGAAUGGGGGAUUCACUGUUGGGAUAUGGCAGCUGGCAAACUAAUUAUCGAAGAAGCUGGAGGUGUGGUUUUGAGUACAAGUGGCGAAUCAUUCGAUUUAUUAGGUUGCAAUGUGCUAUGUGGUUCAUCAGGAGUAUUGCUGUCGCAAGUAAGUGAACAACUGACUCAAAUAUCUGUUGAGAGGGACUGAACCAGAUUCUUUAAUAAUUAAAAUUUUUGAAAGUUCUCUAAAUGGUAGUAGAAUUAUCAUAAAGAAUUUUUAGAAGAAUAUUGAAAUGAACAUGUAAGA